AUGGACGAGUACUUUAUAACAGCUCUGACAAAAUUGAACACCCAUGAAUAUAAUGAAUUAACAAUUGUUCUUGGCAAUGAGAGUUGUGAUCUUGAUUCCUCCGUAAGCUCAAUUGUCUAUGCUAUAUUUUUAAAUUGGCAAUACAAUCAGAUUAAAUGUAAAGUGUGCACACGGGAACACAGGCCUGGGUCUGUGAAAGAUGAUAUUUUUGUACCAAUUUUGAACGUUGAUAGAUCCGAUUAUGAACUGAAAACGGAAGUUGCCUACCUUCUAAGAAAGUAUGGUAUUUAUGAAAGUAAUUUGAUUUUUAGGGAUGAUCAUGACAUGCAAAUCUUGAUAAGCAGAACGAAAACCAAAGUUGUGUUAGUUGAUCACCAUGUGAUGGCAAACAGAGAUCAGUUCUUAAUACCGCUUGUCACCGAAAUCAUUGAUCACAGACCAUUAGACAAAUCAAAAUGGCCGUACAAAGCAGACACCCGCUCCACUAUACAGACGGUGGGAUCAUGCGCGACUCUAGUUGCGCAAAGAAUUAAAACUUUAGGCGCACUCGUGGCAAAGGAUGUUGAUUUUUUCAACGCCUAUCCGGUCUGCAGCAAGCUAUUGUAUGCUACAAUCAUCUUGGAUACUGUGAAUUUCUCAAAGGAAGUGAACAAAGCAAGAGUUCUUGAUGAAGAAAUUAUACUCUUUUUAGAAAGCUUGAUUAAACCUGAUGACUACACUGCAGAACGUGAACGCACACUGGAUAGCUUGGUGAGGGCCAGAAGCGAUGUCUCCAAGCUGACAGCCGACCAACUCCUUAAGAAAGACGUGAAGGUGGUUAGCCACGUAUUUGUUCCGUGUUUUCCUUUCCUCGUCAAGGAAUUCCUCAAAAAGCCAAAAGCCCUAUCGGCUGUAAACGAAGCUUUAGCACGCGAAAAAUGUUCCGUAGCCCUACUCCUGGGCAUGGAUCUAACAGAGGGUGUCCAGCGGGAUGCUGCAGUUUACUAUCCACACAAAAGCCAGGACACAGCAACAGAAAUAUGCAAACAUCUUCAGGAAUGGACGCGGCCAUCUCUAGGUUUGUCGGCCGAGUCGUUGGCCGACGUAUCCAACGUAAACUACUUUUGGCAACUUAACUUGUCUGCAUCACCAACAGAUCUACGUAUGGAGUCUAUAGUGAAUACUCACCUACAAGAUAUGUAUGAGAAACUGACUUUGAAACAAUUUGAAACAAAGGAUAGCAAACCGACUCUAGCAUGUUACUUGUGCUGUGCAAGACUCCAGAACUGCUACCAGUUAAGCAUGAACUGCCUCCAGAGUGAAGAGCUUCUUACACAAAUGCUGAGCGGCAAAAUGUUGCAUCCCUCGAAUCUUAAAGAGGUGACCCCCAGUAUGAAGCUAGGAACAACUCCAGUUAUAGUGGAGACCUUCGAAGAUCUUCUCUAUGAUGUUGAUGGGCAGGUCAAAGUGGACUCCACUCAAUCAUCAGGCGUAGAAACGGAAGUAAAGAUGGUUGUGAAUGAAGUUGUAGAAGAUAGCAUACCAGCAGGGUGUAUCAAAGAAGAGCCUGGGACAGAUGCCAGCUUCCAAGAUGAAGACAUCGAAGACGAGAUACCUCUGGACAUUGUCAAACACGAGUUUGGAUUACCAAGUAUUCUUAAAGAUAGAAAACCAGCCAACCAGGUGGAAAAUCUAAAAAGCUCUUGGAUGAGUGAACUUCAAACAAGCGAGCAAGGAUCGUCAGAUGCCGAAGAAAAUACGAGAGACUAUUGUUCAAAUGGCAAAGUGAAAUGUAAAACACUCGUCAAAACAGAGACAACAGACACUUACACUUGCAGCUCUUGUCACAAAGAAUUUGUUCGAUGGGCUCAAUUAACAAGACACAUGAAAACACACAUCGGCAUCCAAAUCCUUAAAGAUAACAAACCAGCCGACCAGAUAGAAAAUAUAAAAAGCUCUUUGAUGGGUGAACUUAAAACAGUUGAGCAAGGAUCGUCAGAUGAUGAAGAAAAAACGAUAGACUAUCGUUCAGAUGGCAAAGUCAAAUGUAAACAACGCGUUACAACAGAGACAACAGACUCUUAUACAGGCAAACCGUACAGUUGUAGCUAUUGUGGAAAAGCUUUUGUUCGAAGGGACCACUUAACAAGACACAUGAAAACACAUAACAGUAAGGAACUUGUUAAGUGUCAUCUAUCUAUCUUACCAGAACUUAAACCACUCGAGCAAGGAUCAUCAGAUGCUGAAGAAAAUUCAAGAGACUAUCGUUCAAAUGGCAAAGUGAAAUUUAAAAAAUGCGUCAAAAUCUAUAAAGCAACAAAAUGCGACAAAAUAGCCGAGUUACGAACCUCGAUUGUACUAACAAUCGAUGAUAAAUGUAAAAAUAUUAAAUGUUCAGCUCAAGAAGAUCCAACUUGUGUUAAAAUCAAACAUCUAAAGGAUAUCAAAAAAGUGUUUCACGUUAUUGCUCUAAAUAAAUGCGAAUUACAGUUCAUGAAGUGCCAUAAAGGUAAUACCGGCUUCAGGAUAAACGCAGAAGACAUCUAUGACGAUAAACAGGUCAGGGCACUGAAAAAUCGUGUAAAACCAAAAAGCGCUUUCGAGAUACAUUCACACUAUAGUUACGAUGAUAAAGAAGAUUUCAAUCUGUUCCAAAAGACUACAGUUCAAGCCGGUUAUGAAGUACAUACAGACGACAUUUACUAUGAUGGUCAGGGAUCGCAAAUGGAGGGGAAGCUAGGAGUUCCGGAAAAUAAUGAAAAAUGCCCUGAUUCAUGCCCAGCUCACACCCAAAUGAUUUGUGCGAAAUGUUUGCACGGUGUAUACAAGACUUUCCUGUCGACUUGUCAUUUGAGACAGUACUGCUGCAAGAACGAGGAGGAAACUCUUGAGGUGGUCUCACGAUACCCUUGUAUUCUGUCAGCUCCAUUCAUAGAUGAUCCUGGAGUGAAGUCCCCUGGGAGGGUGGAUAACCAACACAAUAACGAUAUUGUACUCGAUUACAUCAAGUGCCAAUCUCUAGACAUUUUGGGGAAAUCAGUAAUCUUCAUCAUAAUCAUUUUUGCAAAGGAAAUUAACGCAAGAACUAUAAAGAUCAACGCUCAAGGUAUCUGCACUAAACCGUUAAGCAAUGUCACAGAUUUAUCUGAAAACAAUUACAAAUAUGACACUACUGAUCAACUUAAAUACGUCUCAUUAGAAGAAGAACUUAGAACUGAAAGAGAGCAACGAAGAACCGAUAAUGAGUCUAAUGAACGUAGCAAUGGACGAACUGCAGUAUUAAAUCCAACCAAAGUCACAGAAGACGAUACAAAAAAUGAAAAACGCGACGCUGAUAUAGAUUAUGACACCAAUACAAGUUUACAACUCAAUGAAGCCAGUUAUAAAUACACAAUAAAUACUGAUGACGACUCUAAUGAGAACAACGCGGACUUCAAGCAUAAAGGCAAUAAUAACAGAGCUUUAGAGAAUCGAUCGGAUAUAACAAAUAUCCGGAAACUCAGAUCAGAGUUACUCGAUCAUUUGUUAGAAUAUUUUAUGAAUAUUAUAAAAGAAGAUAAACAUUCAGAGACAAGAAAGAAAUAUAGCAAGGAUGAAAUGAAACUUGAAGAUAAACUCAGAAAUUAUUAUCACUCUGAUCUCGAUCAAUUAUUUUAUGAGGAUAAUUCAGAUUUGUACGAGAACGACACUAAACAUCUUAAUGAAAGACGUAAAACCAAAAGCGAAGAUGUAAUAGUAGAUAAACAAAGCGAAGAAGAUGUUAUUACAAAGUUAGAUACUACAGAAAAUAUACAAGCGUUUGAAUCAGGAGUAACAAAAAUUGAAGAAAAUACGCCAAAUAAGAUUAUCCCUGAUAUUAUCAAGGAGACAAAUGGAAAUGAUGGACUUACAGACGAAGAACCUGUAGGUACAAACCCUGCUGUAGAAAUAGAAGACAACUCAACCAAAUAUGACCUUGUAAAUAAUAAAGGAAAUAAUGUUCUGAAUAUAGAAGAGACAGAUACUGAUUUAACUACAAGUCAAACUCAAAAUACAACACGAACAAUAAAUAAUGUAGACAGUAACGAAAAGUCUGAAUUAUCUACAAUUUAUAAGAACAAUUCUCAAAAUUCUGAGGAAAUAAUCUCAAAUAAUAAACAUGAAACAUGGAUAAGACAGUUUUUAAAUAAAAACGUCAAUUUCGACGAUGCACAUAAAACAUCGUCUGGACAUUGCAAAAAUAAUUAUAUUGUACAAUUAAACAUACUUUUAUAA